GAAGAGGAUGCCUCUGGAGCUGCUGACCACGAGGCGCGACCCCUGGCAGUUCCAGGCGCUGCGCGAGCGGCUCGCGGCCCCGGAGGCGGUGCGGCUGAGCGGGGGAGCAGCGCGCGAUGCCCACGCGCCCGCGGGGCCCAAGAGGCCCAUGAUUGAGGCUCUCCUCUUGCUCGCGGCCGUCGGCUUCUCGCCGCGGGCGGCCGCCUACAUGUCGACAGGCGCUUGCCGCGCCCCUGGACGCACUCAGGAGCGAGAGCCUCAACCUGCUCUGCACACCAGGCUCUACGUGUACAACCCUUUCUACCUGACGGGCAGCACCCGCGCGCAGGAGAUCACCUGCGAGCACUACAUGGGCGUGAUCCUCUUCCCUGGGACGAGCCGCCGCCCGACACUGGUCGGCCGCCACAGCCUCUUUCAGCACGACUACCACUGGGAGCUCUCCUUCGGCUGGACCAACAAGAGUUGCGGGGGGAGCAUCUUCCUACAUCAGCGGUUUCCGCAGGCACACCUACGCCGGAUCUACCCUCCGCCCGCGGCGCUCUCGGGCCGCUGCGGCGCGACAGUGCCGCUCCUCGGACGUGCUCCUCAUGGUUCGGCACCUUUCCGUGCCAUCGGAGUCCUGCUCCAGCCGCAACUCAUGCCGCCAGGUGACCCAGGCUAUGAUCUCGUGGGCACGCACCACGCUGGAGUCUGUGGGCAGUCGACGCACGCCCUUCAGCCGGGCGGACCUCAGCUCGGCGACUCCGUGGACGAGACUUUUCUCGGCUCCCCGUCCCUGCUCGAGCCCGACUUGUGGAGCGAGGUCGACAGCGCCGUGGGCCCCUUCCUGGAGCUGGAGGGCCUUUCUGGACGUCUUUGGCAACGGUUCCUCUCGGACCACGACACCUUCUUUGUCAGCGGGGACACCUUCAUCGGGGCGCACGGACGGUCACGCAGGAUCGACUUCCCCCACGCCCCGUGCAAGUGCAAGGCCCCCAUGGGAGCAGGACGCCGCCUCAACACAUUGUACGAUCGAGACCACCGCUCUGUCUACGCGGGCGACAUCUUCGAGGCCCACGCGCAGCACACCUGGGACUACGAAACGAUCAUGUUUCGUCUGGAGGGCGCCCUGAAGUCGCGCGACCUGCAGCAGGCGGUCACGUUCCUCCCCAAGAUGGCGCGCCAGCACGCCCCGCAGUUCAGGGACCUCGCGGCCUCGGAAUGGAUCAGCAUCGUGACCCCGCCCACGGCUACUUCGAUCGUCGCAGCUCGGGAAGCGGGCAAGAUGUACGCAGAGGCGGAGCAGGUCCCCGAGGCGAAGAGGCCCCGUAGGGGCACCUUCUACCAGCAGUUCGUUUGCAUGGGGGCGCUCCACCUCAGGCUGCGCACGCGCCACAACGACCAGUACACCAGGAUGCAGUUCGCUAACGCGGACCAGAUCACACUGAAGAGCGUCAACCCAGACGGCCAUCGGGAGACAUGCCUCGACGUUCUGGGCGGCCGCCAGAAGAUGGGGACGGCCCCUCUGGGCCACCUGGAACCGAUGGCCCAGAAACUGCUAGACAAGAACCGCCAGAUCCACUACGGCCAGAAGGGCUGA